AUGAUUGAUCCAACAAGCAGUGAAACCAGCAGUUGUAGCGCUGCUACUCCUGCAGCCGAUAUUUCAUCUACAUCGACAGAUGCUUUACCCAGAUAUAAGAAAAAUAAAUGUAAUCAAAAGAUACGUCUGGUUAUUUUAUCCACUUCUGGAGCACGACUACCAUUCCACGUCAGUUGUCGUGAAACUGUAGAUGAUUUAAAAGGAAGAAUUGCUUCACGCAUUGGCUUGCCUAUCGAUAAAAUCUCCCUCGUCUACAAGGAAAGAAAUCUGACAAAAGGAUUACUGUUAGCAAAUGGUGUCGGUUCUGGAUCAUCAAUAAAGUUAUUAACAACUAUAGAAACUGGUUUCAAGUAUGAUAUUGCUGCUUGGUUAAAUUUUUUCAACUUAAUUGAAAAACAUUCUAAUUAUAAAAUUAAUCUACCCAGGAAUUGGCACAGCCCUUGUAGUACAACACCAGUAAGAAGCCUGGAUUGCUUAUCAGAUGCACAACUGACCAAAAAGUACAGAUUAAAUUAUAGCGCCUGUCAACUGGCGGCUAAGUUUAUGAUGGAUUAG